AUGUUCCAUGAACCUGGGGUUGAAAAUGUCUACAUUCUCACAGAAAGGCAUGUGCGCGUGUCUCCCGUUCUGCAGCGUCCCAUAUUGGCUGUAGCCAUAGCUCUGAAUGAAGAGCAGUCUUGCCACGACAAGGCAGCCAAUCGUCUAGUCUACUUGAAUGCCGUUAUCAACAGUCUAAAGGCGCUAAAAGCACAACCCGCAUUUUCGACUAAAAGUACCAGUCAACUCCGGCCAUCCGCCAGCAAGCCUCAGAAACGUGGCCAUGUUGAAGUACCACAGCGUCCGACGGUCGACUUGGAUGAGUUAGUGAAAGGCCCCGCUUUCUACCGAGAGCUGCAGUCUUUCCUCCUAUCAGAGGAAGAUCUCAUCACGAACAGGUUUCCUCGUCCGGACACCAGCUCCAAUGCUCCGCGUGGGCGGGCGAUUGUGCCCAUACCAGAUGACAAAAAGGCCGCAAACGAUGCUUGUGCUGGUGGGUUUUUUACGCCUUUUUUGACUUAA